GAAAGACUAAGUCACAUUGGACCUGAGGAGUUUGUGCAGGCAUUUGUACAUAAAGACCCCCUGGAUGGCACCAAGACUUGUUUCAGUGAGCAGAAGAAGACGAGUAACCUUGAGGCCUAUGUGAAAUGGUUCAAUAGACUCUGCUAUCUCGUAGCAACAGAAAUUUGCAUGCCUGCAAAAAAGAAGCAGCGAGCACAAGUCAUCGAAUUCUUCAUUGACGUUGCCCGAGAGUGCUUUAACAUAGGGAAUUUUAAUUCGCUGAUGGCAAUCAUUUCUGGAAUGAACAUGAGUCCAGUUUCCAGGCUAAAGAAGACUUGGUCGAAAGUGAAAACAGCCAAAUUUUUCAUUCUUGAGCACCAGAUGGACCCUACUGGUAACUUCUACAACUACAGAACAGCAUUGCGGGGGGCUGCUCACAGAUCCCUCACUGCCCACAGCAACAGGGAGAAGAUUGUGAUCCCCUUCUUCAGCCUAUUGAUCAAAGACAUUUAUUUUUUGAAUGAAGGAUGUGCUAAUCGCCUUCCAAAUGGACAUGUCAACUUUGAAAAAUUUCUGGAACUGGCUAAGCAAGUAGGAGAAUUUAUAACGUGGAAGCAAGUGGAAUGUCCCUUUGAACAAGACCCUAACAUCAUCCACUACUUGCACACUGCUCCCAUUUUUACUGAAGAUGGUUUGUAUCUGGCUUCCUAUGAAAGUGAAAGUCCAGAAAACCAGACGGAGAAAGACAGGUGGAAAUCCUUAAGAUCCACUAUUUUAGGAAAGACUUGA